GCAUUGAACAAUGUAACAAUUACAAUGCAGCUAAAAGUGCCACUGUAUUCACUUCUUGUUUCCCCCAGGGAAUGUAUGUGUUUUUGCAUGCAGUAAAGGGAACUCCUUUUGAAACACCUGAUCAGGGGAAAGCUAGGCUACUAACACACUGGGAACAACUGGAUUAUGGAGUACAAUUUACAUCUUCAAGAAAAUUCUUCACAAUCUCUCCUAUAAUUCUGUACUUCCUGGCGAGUUUCUACACAAAGUAUGAUCCGACACACUUUAUCCUCAACACAACCUCUCUCCUGACCGUGCUUAUCCCCAAGCUGCCACAGUUGCAUGGCGUUCGAAUCUUUGGCAUCAAUAAAUAUUAAGCAGAAAGUUUGACACUGACUGCCCCUGACGUGGCUACUGGCGCUCCCCAGGUGAAGGAAAUGAGUAGUCUGCUGUGCCAUGUAUCUAAUCGUAUUCAAUGAGAGGUGCUUUUACAUCUGAGAUACAAUUCCUACUUCCUGCAGCAUUGUCUGGGAUGAAAGCUGAGUUUAUAAGAAGAUACCUUCAAAUACUUAAAUGUGAACCGGAAACCUCUAGAAGAAAGAUUUCCAUGAAGAACUGGGCAGGCCCAGCUCUAGAGCGUAAUCACCACUAAGACUGUAGGUAUGCCUGGCUGAUGCAAGUGAUCUUGUAAGGAAGGUGCGAGUAACAGUUGAAACGGAGAGUAAGGUUUCACAAACACCCAGUCAACCAUAAUGCAAAUGGUAACUUACAUACAAAUCCAGGACCCUUAAUGCCAAGGACUGCUGAGGUCGCGUUCUUAGAUUAAGUGAAAGUGGCUAGUUUCUGCUGUAUGGAUUGUAGGUGUUUGUGCUUGUUAUUGCAUUGUAAAAGUUUGUCUCACAGUAAAUACUGUGACAGCUAGCAUAAACUGACGGUGUAAUUCACACCUUAUCUGUUCUUGUGAUUUUUUUUUUUUUUUUUUUGUCACAAAGACGGAAGAAAGUCCUUAGUUGUCAGCUCAGAGGAUUUCUACAUCAACUUGAUUGCUCAGUUUAUGUACGCUUUUACAAGUUGCUACUGUUGUGUUUAUUUCAUUUUGCUUACCAGGAUACUGACUUUUCAAUGUGUAAAUGGGACAUCCUGAAAAAUUGAAAUUCCUUUUAAGGUGUGGAUUUUUGACUGUUUUCUCUGAUACUUGAUUGAUGGGUUAUUUUUCAGUAGUUGAGAGGCCUGUAAUGGUGGGGGAAAGGGUUGCUGCUGUUGUAGGAGCAGCAGCUCCAUUACACAGCAACAAUGUCAGAACACGUAAGAGGAACUCUGUGUAGGUCCUAAGUUAGAGUAGAAGCCGAACUAGAAGUAGGUGAAUAGGCAAAUCACAUGGACUAACUGUAUGCUUUUGCAGAAAAAGCUAUAGAUAAUUUGCAUGUCUUGGAAACGUGGAGGGAAUGCUGUGUUUUAGGGGUACUGUGUAGUACGGAGUAACUUUUAUAUCAUCAACUCUGGAACUAGAGUGAAGGAGGUACAUCUAGAGCUCUGAGCACUUGCUUCUCUGUCGUGGAAAAAGGAUGAAUUCUGAAGCCUACCAUAUGUCUGCCAGCCAAAACCGGCUCGGAUUUAGCAGAAGAUUCCAUGUAAGACUUGAUUUACAUUUUUGGUUGCAUUGCCAGCCACAGCCAGUGAUGGAAAAAAAAAAAUAAUAAAAAAAAGCCUACAGUGGCAUUCUCCUUUUCUUGCUAAGAGAAUUUUCUGGCUGUUUGUUGAUAAAGAUGUUGC